UAUCAAGUGGUUUGUUAGGAAAAAAGAACAAAUUAGUCCUCCAUUGGCCAGCCAUCACUUCGGGGGCCCCUCGAUCUAGGCUCAAAACCCCUCCCUCGGUAGAACCGCCCUGAAGACGGGGGCCCCUUUUGAAUGACAAGCGCUUGGUGGAGGAAGACAACAUUUUUUGUCUUGAUUUUCAGCCGCGGCGUCGAUGAGAAGCAGUCGAGGAACUCCAUUCUAACUGAAUGGAUUGGCAUGGGGAGAAGCGGACCUCAGAUCACGGCUAAGCGGCAGCUUUGGGACUGUGUGACGCUGACGAUGGUUGUGAUUUCGCUGCUCUAUCCACCAGUUCACUGCCAGCAGUGUCGCAUCCAGCGCUGCAAUGCUGAGUACGUGGCGUCUACCUCACCUUCUAGUGGCCUGCAGGAGGACUCUGGAACUGACGUGGACUACUGCAUCGCGCUGCGAGCCUACGCUCUGUGUACCCGUCGGCAAGCCAGAAGCUGCCGGGGCGACCUGGUCUACCACUCGGCCGUGUUCCGCAUAAAGGAGUUAUUCUCUCAGCACAACUGCUCCAGCGAUGGACCCACAUCCUCCGCAAAGGUCCCCAGCACGCCACGGCCAGCCGUGCCACAGCUGUGCAACUACGAGAACAGGGUACUGGCUGCUGGCUUGGGUGGCCAUCAGAAGAAAUACGCCCAUUGUGGAUUAUUUGGAGACCCACACCUUCGGACUUUCCGUGAUGAGUUUCAGACGUGUAAGGUGGAAGGGGCUUGGCCACUGAUUGACAACCGCUUCCUGUCAGUGCAGGUGACCAACGUGCCGGUGGUCAUCGGCUCCAGUGCCACUGCAACCAGCAAAAUCACAGUCAUCUUCAAGUCAUACCAUGGCUGCACAGACCAGAAAGUCUACCAGGCCACCACAGAUGACCUGCCUCUGGCCUUUCAGGACGGCACUCGCAGCGGCGGUGAAAGCGGCAGUCUGACCAUCUCGGAGCGCGGUGGCUCCGGAGUGGGUCGUCAGGUAAAGAUCCAAGCACGCUACAUCGGCACGUCUAUCAUUGUGCGGCGUGUGGGCAGCUACCUGACAUUCGCCAUCCGCAUGCCCGAAGACACACUGGAUUUCUCUGAAGAUGGUGGCAGCGGCCUGCAGCUGUGUCUGCAUGGCUGUCCACGCAACGAGCUCAUCAAGGAGCACACGCUGGGCCGCCAGAGCCAGCAGCAGCAGCAACACCAAGCGGGUCCACUGCGACCGCCUCACCAGGUCUACACAGUGGAGCGAGCCACGGCUAAAUGUCGAGAGACUCUUCAGGUGGAGGACGUUUACUUCCAAUCUUGUGUGUUUGACUUGCUCACCACAGGAGACCCCGAGUUCUCCAUGGCCGCCUACGGUGCCCUAGAGGACCUAAAGGCGCUGCCGCCCAGUAAACUGAAGCAGAACUCCCCGAGGACACCGCGUCUUUACAACAGAGGGGCGUCGCAGACAGUAGCAAUUGACAGCCCGUCUUCUGUUCUCACAGUCCUACUCAUCAUUGUGCUGCUUUUGUAAAAAAAAAAAAAAAAGGAGGCCAUA